CACCAACCAUUGUACAUCAGUCUUUAGAACCCCAUGUUUUCUGCCCGGUUCGUCGGCCGGGUGGCCUCUGGCACCCGUUCCUUCUCCACAUCGAGAUUGAUGCGGACAGACCUCUCCUUCCAGGUUUUUGGCCCGGAAAAUGAGCCCGUGAGCCGCAGCCCGAUUGUCUUUCUCCACGGACUCUUUGGUUCCAAGCAGAACAACCGGAGUAUUAGCAAAGCUCUUGCACGUGAUCUCAAGCGACAAGUCUACGUAGUGGAUCUUCGGAACCAUGGUCACUCCUUCCAUGCCAAGGAGCACAACUACUCCGUCAUGGCAGACGAUGUGAAACAGUUCAUCCACAAGCAGAACAUGGACCAGUGCGUCCUAAUCGGUCAUUCUAUGGGCGCUAAAACCGCCAUGACCGUCGCCCUGGAUGCCCCCAGCCUCGUGUCGGCUCUCAUCCCGGUCGACAACGCUCCCGUCAACGCCGCCCUUCAGAGCGACUUUGGCAAAUACGUCCGCGGCAUGCAGCGCAUUGAAUCCGCCGGCGUGACCAAGCAGUCGGAUGCAGACAAGAUCCUGGCAGACUACGAACCGUCCCUCCCCAUCCGUCAAUUCCUGCUGACCAACCUCAUCCGCGGCGAUGACGGCACGAUGAAAUUCCGCGUCCCCGUGUCUGUGCUCGGGGAUUCGCUCCCCCACAUGGCGGACUUCCCUCACCGGGAAUCCGGGCCGAUCUCUUAUGAGGGGCCCUCGCUGUUCGUCAGAGGCACCCGGAGCAAGUAUGUCAAAGAUGAUGCGAUCCCGACCAUUAAGAAAUUCUUUCCCAAGGCGCAGAUCGCGGAUGUGGAGGCCGGCCACUGGCUUAUCUCGGAAAACCCAGAGGCUUUUCGACAAGUGGUGGUCAAGUUCUUACAGGACGCUUCUUGAAGAUAUAUCAUGAUAGUGUUUGUUCUUUAUUGUAAGAUAUCCAGAUUAGAUAUGAGAGGUGUAGUAUAUCAUAGUAUCCACGACAGCUAGAUAUAGACACGUGACGACACACGGCAUUGGUAUGAGUGUCGUCCGUUGGACGAUUGAAGAUAUUAUGUACAUGUUUCCCGUGAACUAGGAUAUGCUAGCCAUCUUGUCAAACAGUGCGCCCCAUUCGGGCAGUUCACUGGAUUGUCGUGGUCCAUUCUGCAGUGUCGC